CUAAUAAAAGGCUUUAAACAAUCUUUUGGAGCGUUGUAUUUCUUUGAUAACUAUUUAGUUAAUAAAAUUACAACUGAUUCGUUAAAACUGUAAUCAUUAUGCCUCGUUUAAGUUUAGAUACAAACUUGCCAACAUUAAAAAUACCAAAUGAUUUUUUAAGUAAUAGUGGAAAAAUACUUUCAGAUACACUUGGAAAAGGGAGCAAAUAUUGUGUAACAACAGUAAACGCAGGUUUAAAAAUGUAUGUUAGUUCUUCAAACGAACCAUGUGGAUUAGUUAGUGUUACCUCAAUUGGUAGUAUAGGUCCAGAAGAAAACAAAAAACAUAUUACAGCCAUAACUGACUACGUUCAACAAGCUACAGGAAUACCUAAAAACAGAUUAUUUGUAUUUUUUCAAUCAAAUACACCUGAUAGUACUGGUCAUCUUGGAACAACAUUCCAUCAAUUAUACUUUGUUGAAAAAGGAGUUCGACUUUAACUUAAAAUAGAUUGAAAAAUAUAUGAUAUUGCAUUUGUAAAUGUAUGUUGUUAAUUUAAAAAAUAAUUUCAAUAAAAAAAUAACUAAAUAUUUA